UUGGGUAAUAUUGAAUCUCCAAUCACAGAAUCUUAUAUCAAAAUCAAAAGCAAUGCUACCAAGAAACCUUCUUGUUUUCUUGCUGUUUCUUGUUUAUCUUCUCUUCACAUUCGAUUCCCCAUUUCUAAUCUCAGCUGAAACCACAAGCUUCAAUUUCCCAUUCUUUACUGCCAUGAACCUCACUCUCCUCGGCGAUUCCCAUCUUAAAAGUGGUGUCAUAGGCCUAACCAGGGAAACUGACGUGCCUUCUUCAAGCUCAGGUAGCCUCAUCUACAACUACCCAAUUCGUUUCUUCGAUCAAGAAUCCAAUAUCACGGCUUCUUUCUCCACGAGUUUCUCUUUUUCCAUCAGCUGCGACGAUCUAAGCUCUUACGGCGACGGCUUAACGUUCUUUCUUUCGCCUGAUAACCAAACCCUCGGGAGUCCAGGUGGGUAUCUCGGUCUUGCUAACUCUUCAGAUUUGGCCAAGAACAAGUUUUUAGCCGUUGAGUUCGAUACCAAGCUCGAUACUCGAUUCAGUGAUUCGAAUGAAAACCAUGUCGGUUUGGAUAUCAACUCGCUUAAUUCAAUCGAGGCCGCUGAUGCAUUGUUGCAAGACGUUGAUUUAAAGAGUGGGAAUUUGAUAACUGCUUGGAUUGUUUACAAGAAUGAUUUGAGGGCCUUGAAUGUUUUCUUGAGUUAUUCGACUGUGAAGCCUCCGACACCAUUGUUGUCUGUGGAUAUUGAUUUGUCUGGUUACCUUAAAACGUAUGUCUUUGUUGGGUUCUCGGCUUCAACCGAAGGGAGUACAUCAAUUCAUACGAUUGAGAAUUGGAGUUUCAAAACUUUUGGUUUCCUUCCUGUGAGACCAAAAUCGCAUCCUCAUAAUGUAUCUGGUAGUUCAGUCACAAUAAUACCUACUGUUCCUGCAUCAAAUACUUCCAAUAAACACCACAGGAGGCUCGGUUUUGGACUCGGGAUUGCUGGUCCGGCUUUCUUUUUCGUGGUUCUUGCUGUUUUUGGUUAUGUUUCUGUGAAGAAAUGGAAGGAUACGAGGGUACAGAAGAAUCUCAAAGCUGAGAUUUUGGCAGGGCCUAGGGAGUUUAGUUACAAAGAACUGUAUGCAGCGACAAGAGGGUUUCACUCCAGUAGAAUCAUAGGGCGUGGUGCGUUUGGAAAUGUGUAUAAAGCCGUAUUUGCUUCUUCGGCGUCUGUUAGUGCGGUGAAAAAAUCGAAACACUCCCGCGAAGGUAAAACUGAGUUCCUAGCUGAAUUGUCCAUUAUAGCUUGUUUGAGGCACAAAAAUCUGGUUCAGCUACAAGGUUGGUGUGCCGAGAAAGGUGAAUUGUUGCUUGUUUACGAGUUUAUGACUAAUGGAAGCCUCGAUACAGUGCUUCAUCAAGACCCUGCGAAUGGCAUAUUGUUAACAUGGUCCCAUAGGCAAAAUAUUGCUAUUGGAUUGGCCUCUGUUUUGGCUUACCUGCACCAAGAAUGUGAGCAACAAGUCAUUCACAGAGACAUAAAGACGAGUAAUAUAAUGCUCGAUGCUAACUUUAACCCAAGGCUUGGUGAUUUUGGUUUGGCAAGGUUGAUGGAUCAUGACAAGAGUCCAGUUUCAACACUCACUGCAGGAACUAUGGGCUACCUUGCCCCUGAGUAUCUUCAGUACGGGAAAGCAACUGAGAAAACUGAUGUUUUCAGCUACGGUGUCGUAAUUCUCGAAGUAGCUUGCGGCAGAAGGCCGAUCGAGAGGGAAGGGGGACUAAACAGCCAGAAAAUGGUGAAUUUGGUUGACUGGGUGUGGGGCUUGUUUGGUGAGGGAAGGAUCAUUGAAGCUGCCGAUAAAAGGUUGAAUGGAGAUUUCAAGGAGGAAGAAAUGAGGAAGUUAUUGCUGGUGGGUUUGAGCUGUGCACACCCCGAUAGUGCUGAGAGGCCUUCCAUCAGGCGAGUCCUUCAGAUUCUCAACAACGAGGCAGAUCCAACAGUCGUGCCAAAGAUGAAACCGAGUCUUACUUUCUCUUGUAGCUUAACUGUUGAGGACAUUGUUUCAGAUGAUGAAGAAAGCAAAACAACAGCUUGAGAGGCCACCCAGGGUUCAAGCCUUGAUCAUAUAGAGUUGGAUUUCAUUUUCUCGUACACAAAAUUCAUUGAUUGUUUAAUUCCUUCAUUCCUUCUUAUACCAUCAUUAU